GGAUGACUGACUUGGGAGUUGGGCGCUGCACUGCACGCCUGGCCGCUCCGGGUCCCUGCAUUGCGCCUCAGGAAACUGCGGUGGCUGGAUGUAAGAUGCUGCUGGUGACGAUCUGGAGGACCCUCGUCCCGGUGCGACCAGGGUGCGCCUGCUGAGCAGCGGCGCUACAGCCGACAGGACUCGUGCGCUAACGGCUGCGGCCCAUCUUCGGGUAAUCUGCCCACGGUCUCUCAAACACAUCCCACACCCUUGCCGGCGAAACAGCGCCUGUGCAAGAGGUGGGUCCCCAAGUGCAGCUGGGCAAUUAGCUCAGCAGCGUAGGCUGUUCAGAGCACCAGCAGGAGCUUUCCCUGGCACAGGUCACCAGAGAGACAUACAGCCCCAGAGCCGUGACGCCUGCCGCUGGUCACUCGGGCCAUCCUCCGCGCGACCUCACCUCACCUCAUCCAGCCGCCGGGAACCACCAUCGCCGCCCACAUCCUCCACCACGGGCCAUCCUCACUGUUGCCAGCAGCGGCUGCUUCCCACCUAUCCGCCGCCGCGUCAUUGCUCGCCGGGCUCUCCUCUCCCCCGUCCUUGCUCGCCACGACUACUCUUGCCCGCCGUUGCGCACGCAACGCCCUCACAGCCCGCCAUGUCGCUCGACCCGCCGACGUAUCUCGCUUCGCUGCAGAGCAACAUUCGCCAGCGCCUCAUCCCCUGGGACGGCGCCGUUCGCGCGCGCACCGUGACCGAGGACCAGUACGCCAAGGUCCGCGCCGUCGACAAGGCCAAGAAGCCCGAGCAGCGGAGGGAGGUCGUGGAAGCUGACCUCGAUGGCUACCGUCUGCUCUUUGUCGGUGACGAGGGCAAACCGAGCGUCGUAGAGACGGCGGGGAAGAACGCCAACAUCGUUCAGUACAUGCUCGUGCUGCUAGCAGACUUGCUCGAUGCUGUCCCGUCUCUGGCCAAGUCCCUCUUCAAGACGACCGACCCGUACCGCCAUUUCUUGCCGCUGCUGCACUCCAACACCACCGAAGACACGAUCCCCCUGCUUACCGCGCAUGCCCUGACGAGACUCAUGUCCCUUGCGCGGGAUGAGUCCCGCGCCACCCUCCAGGCACUGCCCGUGCUGCUCACCUAUCUGUCGGGCCUCGCCAAGAGCACCGAUGCCGGGCUGCAGGACAUUGCGGUCCAGGAGUACUCGGCGCUCCUCUUCGGCCACGUCUCGCGCGAGCAGUUCUGGAAGCAGCGGAGCGAGACGGUCGGACCCUUGAUUAAGAUCCUGCAGGCGGCCGCGGGCAUUGGCAACGGAGGCGACUCGGCCGCCAACCUGUGGAGUGGCAGCACCAGUACACGCAACGUCGGCCUCGAGGGCUCGCUGGGCGGCGGCGUUGGGCUGCAGCUCCUCUACCACGUCCUGCUGGUGGGAUGGCAGAUGAGCUUCGAGGCGGAAGAGAUUGGCGACGACUUGAACGACGAGUACGAUAUCGUGCUGCUGUACACGCAGCUGCUGCGCCUGUCUCCAAAGGAAAAGACGACGCGGCUGAUUCUCUCUACGCUCUACAACCUGCUGGAGGCGAAUCAAAAGUCCCUCCUGCCGACGGCUGUCCUCGCUCGGCUGCCGGGGCUGCUCGAGAACCUGACGAGCCGCCACCUCACCGACCCCGAUCUGCUGGAGGACCUGGAGAGCCUCAAGGAGCUACUGGCCGAGUACACCAAGACCAAGACGACGUUUGACGAGUACGUGGCCGAGGUGCAGGCCGGGCACCUGCGGUGGUCGCCGCCGCACCGGAGUGAGGUGUUUUGGGCGGAGAAUGCGCGCAAGAUCCUCGACUUUGAGAACGGCGAGAUCCCGCGCAAGCUGGCGGCCAUUAUGCAGCAGCCAUGGGACAACGACAAGCAGGUGCUGGCCAUUGCGUGCAACGACAUUGGGUGCCUGGUCAAAGAGGUGCCAGAGCGGCGGCACCAGCUGGAGAAGAUUGGGCUGAAGCGCCGGGUCAUGGAGCUGAUGCAGUCGGACGACGAGAACGUGCGGUGGGAGAGCCUGCGGGCGCUGGGAGGCUGGCUCAAGUACAGCUUUGAGCAGAAGUAGUGCUUGCCGGCAUGAUGUUUGUAUUUUGCGUCAACGGUCGACGAUGCUUGUGGAAUCAUGGAGAGCGCUCUGGUUAGCCCGCGUCCCGCUCGGUAGUGUUGGUUGUGUGAGUGAGAAGAGAGAGAGGAGGGAUGGCCUGUACAAGACGAUCAUGGACGGAGAGCGAGCACGCAGAGGCCGUCGCAGAAGCUGCAUUGUGCGGCGCACCUACACCUUACGGUAGCAAGUUGGUUGCAUUGCAUUACUACACUACACUACAUACAGCACCUUGGACCCCAACUUAUUAGCUAGUAAUGCUAUGCCGUGCCAUG